AAUAUACUAUUGAGAAAGAACAAGAUAGACUAGUCCAAGAGUUGAGACCCUAGAAUGAUAUGCCAAAUAAAUCAUCUCUAGUCACUAUAGACUAUAAAAAUAUUUAAAGAUGUCGAGAGAAUCCACUCCAAAUAUUUUGCUGCUAGCAGCUAUGGAAGAUUGGAACGAUCUUGAGAAGGAAUAUGUGCAACUUGAGGAGGAACAUAAAAAUUAUUGUGAUUUGCUAGCAAAACUGAGUGCAGCCCAGAAAAAAUGUUUAGCCCAAAUUGCUCAUCACAGAUACAGAAUGAAAUGUAUUGGGGACAAUAUUACCAGGGCAACUAAAAGUUCAGUGGGAGAAGAUGAAAAAAAGCAAGCCAAUGAUCUGAAACAUAAAAUGGCAGAGCGCAAGCUUAACUUUCAUGAAAUGGAAGAAAAUCUUCCACACAAAAAUGGGCUGUACUUGAGAAUUAUACUUGGACAAGUCAAUGUCUCUCUUCUGACAAAAGAAGCCAAGUUCAUCUAUAAAAAGGACUAUGAAACUUUCAAGUUAACUGUCAGCUAUAUCAUUUUAGCACUGUCCUUUGUGGCAGCUUUUGUUAUUAGUUCAAGAGUGAGUGAUGCAGUAGUGAACUUCCUCCUGGUCUGGUACUACUGUACAUUGACUAUCAGAGAAAGUAUACUCAGGGUCAAUGGGUCAAGAAUCAAAGGUUGGUGGGUGACUCAUCAUUUCAUAUCUACAGUCUGUGCUGCCAUCAGUCUUAUUUGGCCUGAUGGUUAUACAUAUUCACAGUUCCGUUACCAGUACAUCCUCUUUGUUAUGUACAUUAGUUUUGUUUAUGUGCUGCAGUAUUACUACCAGAGUGGAUGUUUGUAUCGUCUGAGGUCACUGGGAGAAAGCCAUGAAAUGGACAUUACUGUUGAAGGCUUUAUGUCUUGGAUGUGGAAAGGUCUGACUUUCCUUUUGCCAGUCCUAUUUUUUGGUUAUUUUUUCCAAGUGUACAAUGCUUACAGCCUACUCAUGUUGGCCAGCCACCCUAAGUGUACAGAAUGGCAGGUGUUAGCUUUGAGUGCUAUACAUUUCAUCUUAUUUGUUGGAAAUACCAUGACCACCUGCACUGUCCUGUUCAACAAGAUUAAAUCCGAUGGGUUCAGGAUCCCCAAGCUGAGGAACAAGUACAAGUUCAGCAUUGGCAUUGGAAAUUUCCUCAGCCAGGGUCACGGCCAUGCUGAAUAACUGAACACAUUUCUAUUCAAAGUGAUUGGGGAAUUAAGAUGUUAAGAGGAUAUUGUGUAGCUCCUUUGUUGUUUCAUCAAUUUCACUGACACAAGUGUGUGACACACAAAUGUGUAAUUUUUAACCAUUGCUCAUGACAAGUAUAGUGAUGGCCACCUUCAUGUUCAUACUGUUUCAUUGCAUCUGUUUCAUCACAUCUGUAUAAUUGUUAUAGCAUUAUAUUUUCCUGUUAUAUAUUUCAUUAAAAAAUGUAAUGUAUAAUGCUUUUGUAUAAUAGUUCAGUGUUGGUAACACUUUAAGUUGUAACUAAUGUGCACAUGAUAUUUCAGUGUUGGUAACACUUUAAGUUGUAACUAAUGUGCACAUGAUAGUUCAGUGUUGAUAACACUUUAAGUUGUAACUAAUGUGCACAUGAUAGUUCAGUGUUGGUAACACUUUAAGUUGUAACUAAUGUGCACAUGAUAGUUCAGUGUUGGUAACACUUUAAGUUGUAACUAAUGUGCACAUGAUAGUUCAGUGUUGAUAACACUUUAAGUUGUAACUAAUGUGCACAUGAUAGUUCAGUGUUGGUAACACUUUAAGUUGUAACUAAUGUGCACAUGAUAGUUGAAGUAUUGGCUAAAUAUUCAGGUUGUAAGGUUUGUCAACCAUUAUCUUCUUUCUGCAAAGCUUUCAUUAGGUCUGGAGUUUAACUCUGGGCAUUCUCUCUGUAAUCAUCACAUCCAGGUCUCUUGUGAUACUACCACACCGGUUGUGUAAAUCAUUCUGGCAUGUGUUGUAAUGGUGCAGGCCUCUGCAGAAGAUUGUGAAAUCUAAUUUUUGUCCAAUAACAGAUGAACAGGUAUGUCUUCUUUAAAACAAAAGACCAGAUUGAAAAUUGUUUAAUUAUUUGUUUUAACGGUUAUAUUAAUUGAUGGACCAUUCAUUUUUUUUUCAUUUCUCCUUUUCUAGUUGUGCACAUGAAUUGGCAUUUUUUUUAAGUUUUGAUUUAUUUUGUUCAAAAUUUUGUUUGUAUUUUUUUGAAUGUGUUCACCUCUGAUCUUUCUUCAAUUAUAUAUUCUUUUAAUAUAUAAAUAUGAAUAUGCAAACUACUGAAUAACUCAAUUUAAAAAACAAAAUUUGCAAGUUGAGCUAACAUUUACUAAGACAAUUGAGUUGAUAUUCAAACAGUGUCUUGAUACAUGAGCAGUUAGUUUCAUAUAUCAUCAUAGGUCAAUAAUUGACUAGCAACAUUAUAAUAUAGCAAACCAAUUUUUUUUUUGUGCUAAUUAUUUCUGUACCUAUGUAUCUCAAACAACAUGUCAAAAACAUCAGAUGGCACUCAAGUAUGCUUACAAAACUCAAAACUUUUUGUAAUACACCCAGAUAUCACUUAAGGACAAACAUCUGUCUUGCUUGUAAUUGUUAUAAUAGCCCAAGGAAAAGGUUAAAGCUUUGAACUUUUUUUAUUAGAGUAUUUCAAUUAGACUUGUAUCAGAUACAAAAUGUCUGCCACAUUUUAUUAUUGUUUAAAAAAAAAAAGUGAAACAGAAAUAAUUUUAAAAGCAUUUUUGAAUCAACUCAAUGUAUUGGAUUUACAUUUUCUCAACUACAAAUUCAUUUUGUCAACUGCUGCACUGAUUAAUCAACUGUUACUACUAAAUAAUAGAAACCUUCUUAGGUAGUUAUUAAAUAUUUCAUUCUUACUUAUUUUACUCAAGCGCUUGUUGAAGAGAAAUGUACAUAUUCCUUAUUAGUACUUUUAUGAUAAUCUGAUCUAGGUAUGAUAGUCUGUCUAGAGAGUGUCUAGAAAGAUAAUUAGUGGAACGCCAAAUAAAUAUUGCAUCAAUUUUGUUUUUUUAUUUUUAAAUUGUGUUAAUGACUAGAUAAGAGCAAUAGCUUUAAAAAAUUGUUUUUUUUUUUUCUUUUCUCUUAAAUUGUAUGGAACCUCAAUGCCAUACUGGUCCAAUGGGUAGACAGAUUUAAUUUAUGGAUAUAAUGUUUUGACAUGUGAUAUGUUCAGAGUAAUUUGCUGAAUGUUGGUACUUAUUUUUGUUGCCAUUUCUCUUUAAUGAAAACCACAUUGAAUGAAUGCCAAGUUCUAUAAUUAGGGAUUUCAUCUCAUUAUACUUUACAGUCGCAGUCAUUGACUUUCUCAAAAUGUUUUCAUUAAAUACAAUUUGAUCAAACGAUCAAUGGGAAUUGUUUCUUAUUGUUGUUGUCUCUGUUUUCACACACAUCCAUGUUUGAGGUUCAAAUAGGAACUCUGAUUUUAUCUUAUUAAAACCUUUUUUUUUUGGUUCAAAAGUAAACAUUCAAAUGUAUUUUAUAUGAAGUGGUAUUAUUUAUGUUUGUAAGACUGCAUUGGAGAAAUCAGGUAAAUCUUGUCCAUUUUAUUACAUUCAUCUCCAUAUUAGAUGCUUUUUGACACUUUUUUUGUCAUUCUUUUUUAUUUCUUCCCAAUUUAUCAAAAGUCUGCUAAAUUAAACAAGCAAAAAAAAACUAUAUAUAUAUAUUUGCUUGUCCUAUUUUUUCUUUAUUUACUUUAGAUGUAACUAGAAGUUCAGUUCACUUAUUUUCUCCAAACUAUUGACCAACAUGACACAAUGAUUAGGAGCCAGAAUUGUAUAGUAAUAUUUUAAUUUUUCUGUUUUUAUGUGAUGUAAAAAAAACAUUGGUGUGUUUGUUAGCUCUGUUUUAAGAUGACAUUUUAAUAUUGCUUGCUAUUUGUAGGCAAGGAAUUUGUUGAAAUAGCUGUACUGACCAAUGGGAAGAAAAUCUUAUUUUUUUGAAUAUUCUAAGAUCUCAGUUUCUCUGGAAAUGAAGCAGGAGAACAAAUUUUAAGCUUCAAAAAAUGUUUUUCUAGACCAAUUUUGAAAAAGAAAUUUCUUUUGAAUGGUUGUACCAUUUACAUUUCUUUUUGAGAAAAACUAAGAAAAAAAUAUUCAUGCAAAAAAAUGUAUUCCUAAUUAAAGUACAAACUGAAGUUAACAAAUUCAUAAUUUUAACAAAUCUGUUUCACAUUCACCUCAUACUCUGUGUGUGUGUUUUUCAACUUUGCCCUAAAGUCUGGUCAUCUGUUUCGUUAGUUUUCCUAAUAAGUUACUUGAUCUUUUAUCUUGAUAUCUUGUGUUAUAAUUGUUCCUUUAGGAAUGAAGAUUUGUUUAUGUUCUAGCCAAAAUCUGCUGGUUGGCAAGAAUGGAUUUCAGGACUAUCAUUUUGACAGUUAAAAGGACAUACUGAGAGGCAGCCAUCUAUAGCAACAAUCUAUCAAAAAAAAAACCUUAGUCAAAUAGUUGGGGUUUUUUUUAUUGAUUUUUACAAACUCACUCUGUCUGUCUGGUAAAAUUUUUAACCAAUUUGUUAAUUGGUUAUUGGGUAUUAAUUAUUGGUAAUAAAUUAUUUUGUUUGGUAUCUCAAACAAGGGAAAGAAAUUGUAAUUGACUGAAGUGGUGGUAUAAGCUGAAUUAGUCCCCUUUAUAGGUUGUCAUCUGAGUCUUAGUGAACACAAACCUGAAAAAUAGGACGAGACUAUAGAAACAAUAGAUAACUAUACAAUCUUCUUUGUUCAUAGGCUCUCCUCUAGCAGAGUGGGUACCAUAUUGGCUUGAUAAGGCUUGAGCCAUGAGUUUGAAUUAGAAUAAUUUGUAUAAAUGCUUUUGUAUUAUUGUUGGUCUAAAUCUAUUACAAAUUUAAUUACUUAACUGAUCCAAACUUAUUGAUACAAGUGCGCUAAAUAUACGCUUUUUUUUUUUAAACUAUUUUUUAAAUAACAAGGGUGUCAUGUAACAAGCACAAAGACCAACUACUUUCACUUUUCCCCAAUUAAUACCAGGUACCCAUUAGAGUUGGGUGCACUCAGAGGGAGCCCUGAAAAUCCCGAAAUUCAAAAUCCCAGUCUUCACUAGCAUUCGUACCCGAGACCACUCAGUUCGGCAAACUAAGCACUUUACCUCUCGACCACUGCGCCACCCAUACAUUAUGAAAGAAAUUGGGUAUGCUUGUAUUUUCAUCAAAGAGAUGAAAUUUGAAACCAAUGUUUUGUUGUUACAUUUCAUUCAAGAGUUCAACAAAAGUUGUAUCUGUUUGCCUCCACAUCCAGUUGGGAAGCAGCAACCCAGUCAGAUGAAUAAUACUGCAUUGUUUAUACUUGGCAUAGUCAUUACAAUGGUUCUGAUCGCGGGCAUAGUCAUUGCGAUGGUUCUGAUCUCGGGCAUAGUCAUUGCAAUGAUUCUGAUCUCGGGCAUAGUCAUUGCAAUGGUUCUGAUAUUGUUCUCACAACUGUAUGUAGUCAAUUCUCUUGGACUUGUCCUAUUGUACAUGAAAGUUUUCUUUAGGAUUUGUUUUGUAUACAUUUUCAAUGUAACAUUUUUAUAAAGAUAAGGACCACAUGCGUCAUUGCCUCAUUAGUGAUGUCUAUUUAAAAAAAAACAAAAAACUGUAGCCUUGUCAAGUCAACACACACUUGUCAGUGACACAGUCAUAUGAAAUGUGUUUGUUACAUGCCACUGAUAUCAUGUAUUCUUUUUUUUAGUAUAGAAAAUCAUGAGAGAUUUUUAUUUCUAGUGUGACUAAUGCUAUAGUAAAAUGAAACUUUUGCUAAUUUGUUUACUGGCUAAUAAUUUAUUCGAGCUUUUCUUUCAGGAAAUAAAGUUUCACAUGUUUGUACUGACA